AUGCAGGCUGUUUCAGCUGUCCAGGGUCCGUUUGAUGCCAACUCCGCAUCCCAAUCGCUGCUCCAGAAGCACCGACAAAAUACUCGUUCUGGCUCACUAUCCUCCGGCAGCGUUGUUACCAUCAAGCGGCCAGAAUCGCUAUCGCGCAUCCGCUCCGCGAGUCCUGCUGGCGACGCCGACUUGAACACUCUGCGCCUCAGGCGACCGUCUAGUGCUGGCGCCGACACGGAACAGGGGACUGGCGAGGGCAUGGGUAUGCACAGUAUCGAUCGCUGGUCACAUUCCACCACAUCCAGUGCGGGCUCGCUCGCGAACACUCGACGUCAAAGGUCAAGCAGCGGCGCCGUGCUCUCAUCUCUGGCCGGCCAGCAUUACUCCUCGCCACAGCGCAAAGCGCCGCAUCCUCCGGGAACUCAAAGGACGUCUACAGAACGUAGCCCUCAGCAAAUUCGAAACCAAUUGAGAACUGAUCAUUUGCCCGCUGCGUCCACCGCCCUGUCGCCGACACCGACUACUCCUGCACUGACCGAUCCGAAUGAACCGGAGACGCCAUCCACCUCAAAUACCGUAUCGACACCUUCGGCCUACACGAACCCACCAUACGACUACUUUCGAGGGAAUGAGGAUGCGUAUGGUCCCGCAAAGGCGCAAAGAGAGUCGUUGGAUCGGAAUCAGGCUGUGGCCAACACAAUGGUCACCAGUUCACAGCCUGCCCAGGCGGAAUAUCGUCAAUCGUCAAGAAAUUCGGUAUCUGGACAGCGAGCGAGAUCAUCAGCGGAGAGUAGCAAUCGUCGGUCUCGCGAAAAGACGGAAAAGGACAAGAAGGCAAUGUUGUCAAAAGCGCUACAGAAGGCUAAUACAGCCGUGUUGCUGGACAAUGCACAGAAUUAUGAGGGCGCUUUGGAGGCGUACGGAGAUGCAUGCGAUCUGCUGCAGCAAGUUAUGGAGCGGACAUCGGGAGCUACGGACAAGCAAAAGUUGGACGCCAUUCGGGACACAUACAGCAACAGAAUUGUUGAACUUCGACUGCUCGUAGAUGAUCAGCCCACGGGCUACGACGAGAAGAACCUUCCGGCGAGGCCAAUGAGCGACAACAGUCCGACUUCAAGUCCUCAUCUUGGACCUGCAAGUCCACAAUACCCUGGCAUAGAUGUCGUAUCUCCAAUCGUGGGAGAUGAAUCGGCUCCACGACUGCCUCAAGCGAAAGAUGAUCGAGAUAGCUUCUUCUCCAGAACGAUGGCAGCAGUAGAGAACUCUGCCAGUUUCGACUUCUCCAACGGUCCGACACCGAUGGGUGAUCACACUUCUGGAGGAGCUGAAGAUGAUCGUGGUAUCCUCCAGUCGGCGGACAGCAGACCGAUGUAUCUACCGCCGCCAGAGUUUGGCGAUUCGGUGCCACCCCCUCUGUCACCUAGACGAUCACCAAGAAUACCGGACGAAUAUGAGGAUCGCUGGCAGCGCGAGGUAGAACAGUCUCAGGAAGAAGAGCCACCAUCAGAGAGACCACGACCAAGCAGCAGAGAGUCCAUGUCUUGGCUGGACACGAUUGACGAAUCAGUCUCAUCAUGCUCCGAUUCUGUGCAUUCUGUGAACUCGCAGCAAGGGGUGCGAAGGAAGCACAUACGAGGUCUCAGCGGUGCGACAGAUCCUGAUUUCGACGCCGCAUUCGAUGCGGCUGUGGAAGCAGCAUAUGGAGAAGGGUUUGAACCAGACAUGGAAGCUCGCAGACGAAUGACAGCUUACGGUGGGAAAGCGAGGCACGAAUCGGUUCAGGUGCCCUCGUCAGAGAUCGAAGAGAUCACUCCUGGCGCACUGCAGACUUCGAGAAUACCUCAGAUGGACGAUACCGACGACGAGGAAGAAGAGCGCAUAUUGGACGAGAUGACCAAUGAGUACGGACAAGGCUUCAAUUUCGAUCUUCAAACGAAAUCGGCACUUCCACGGCAGUCCGACUCGAGUGGCUACUCGAGGAGCACCUGGCAGAGUUCACAGAUGUCAGACCGGGCUACCGCUGCUACUUCGUUAUCGACGGUUGCAGAGGAUCGCAUUACAAACCGCAUGUCGACCAUUCUGAGUGUCGCACCGCCUGACACAUCAAUGCUUCCUCCAUGCUCGGCACCUCCGCGCGGAUCACUUCCACGUCCACCAAGUGCUGGUGCCAGUAGUCGAGGCUCCACCGUGAGGAAUCGCAGACUUUCUGGAGCCAAUUCCAAGCAGUUGAAGAUCGACACAGCACCACGAGCAGACAUUCGAAAGCGAGCCUCUACCUUCCACCAAGGGACAAGUCCAUUCGCGGAAGAGCACGAGCACGAGAGCGCAUCUGCUGCAGAGGACAGCUUCGGCGGCAGGGUAACGUCCGCGUCUUCUGAGCCACAUCAUCAGAAGCCGCUCAGGACUGCUCCUUCUCUAGAGUUGAAGACAAAAUUUGAUGGUUCGAGCAUGCCCACGCGGCAGCUGAACAGCUACAGGCAGGGCUUGGAGCCCUCGUCCGGCGACUCCCAGCCCACCAGACAGAUGCUGUUCAGGAAGAACAAGUCAUCGGCCAGUCUCAGAGAACACGCUGUUCUCAUGGCUUCUCCUGAUCUCGACGGUGGUAGCUCGCUGGCAACACCAAUGAGCUCCAUGUACAUGACAUUUGCCGCGAAACGCAGUCAGACGUCGAUGUCGCAGCGAGCCACACUGCCGCAGAUCCCUGCCGACAGUCAAAUGUCCGGCGGCGCAUACUUGUUCGACACUACGCUUUGUGCUAGUCAAGCGCCGGUCUCUCCUCGCUCUCCGCACACAUCGCCGCAACCUGUCGGUCUUGAGCCAUGUCCCGAAUCCUUUUUACUACGUCCUUUCUGGCUGAUGCGUGCGAUGUCGUCAACCAUCGUCCAUCCUCGCGGUGGCUUUCUCUCCACCAAGAUGUUCGUACCGCGCGAGGUAUGGCAGAUGAAGGGCGUCAAGCUAAAAAUGGUCGAGGAGAAGGUCGCCAACUGCGACUUGCUUACCGCCGCUCUCGGUCGCCUAUCCGGUGUGGACACCAACGACGCAGAUGCAGUCAUGGACGAGCUUCAAAGCUUCGAAGAAGUCAUGGAACGCGUGCAAGCAGCCCUGACCAAGAAACUCGGAAGCGACGUGGGCGUGCACGGUGUCGCAGGCAUGUUCAAAGACGCCUCCGCCGCGGCCGUGUCUAACGCUGUGGGUAAUUCCCACGGCUCGGACUCCGCUGCUGCAUCGGACAAAGCGGCGAAGAGCAAUUCCGGCAAGAGCUAUCUCUCGUCCUGGCGCAAACUGCGCAACAAAUCUUCCGGAGCUCCCAUGACGUCCUCCUCCGCCGGCAAUUCUAAUAGCAGGUCGUCCAACGGCAAGGACCAACACACCAUGCCCUCUGUCCCGAUGACAACCUUCGUGCCCGUCGAACGUCGCGGCAACAAGAGAGAUGCGCGGAACCUCGUUUUCGAGGGCCCCAACAAAGAGUACAUGGGUUCCCUAGCUCGGCUCUUCGACGGGGUGCAAAUCCUUGAUCAAAUCGCGCGCCAAGUCGAAGAUCCUGGCCUCAAGCACUCCUCGCCUACGCAUGUAGGCCUGGAGCUCAGCAUUCGGCACGCAGCCGAGUUCUUUGGCUUCUACAUUUGUCGCUUCGUGCUGGCAGACUUGGGCCUGCUGAUGGACAAGUUUGUCAAGCGAGGCACGGAGUGGGUGCUCGCUUGAAAGAUGACAGAGACGGAUUAUGAAGAGAAUCGAUGACUGGCCGUCCGGGCUUGCCAUGUCCGCAUGCCGCGUCCUGCGCAGAUGCUAAAUGGACCAUUGUACGCGACGAUAACGACGGACGACGAAUGACAUCUACGGCAUGAAGUGCUCUGCCAUGUGCGAUGUAUGACCUGCUUGUCAAUCGCUAAUUACCGAGCGCCAUGUUUCUUGUCAGGUCGCAUGCCAUCUAUGCCCACACGACAUGGACUUGAGGAUCUUAGACGCGAAAUGGCACUCGGUUGGCCAACGAUGCUAUGAAGAAGAAGAGGAGAAAGAGAAGGAAGGAAUCCAGUCUCCGGGGAUCGACUAGACGAAUGGUGGGCGGCCCAACGGAGUCCCGGACGCCAAAAUCGAAGAGGAAAGAUCUGACGAACAAGGAAGGAAGGGUGGGAGAAGUGAGGCUUUUGAUCGCGGCUCAGCUGCGACUCAAAGCAGUAAACAAUACCAGGCCAGAACGACCUGCAGUCAUUUCACGAUCGAAUUGUUUCGUGCUUCACUUUUGUGUUCUUUUUGAUUGUUUGUUUUUGAUAUUCGGAUCAUGCGAUGAUAUCC